AAUUCUCUUUAAGGAUGGUCGUCGGUUCAACACUGCAUAUAGUGUUUACUUAAUAUAUACUGUAGUAAGCUUUCUCGAGUAAUAUGCUACCGCCUCGUUGCGCUACAACCGCUCUUAUUGUGUUCGGGUCAUAAGACAAGGGACACGAAAAUCUGCGAACCAGAUGACGGAACAAUUGUACAUGUUGGUCAGACAAAAAAAAACAGCAAUAAAAUAUCCUUUUUCACUUUCUGUUUGUCUGUUACAUACUACUUCUACCCAAGUAGGUACAAACUGAGAUCUAGCUGAGUAUUAGUGAUCGCUGCACUGCGUCUGGUACCUGCAGUUUGCUACCAGUCGGGUUUACCCUUAUAAAACUUUGCGAGUAAUCUAUUCUUGAAUUCAGUACUUUCUCGUAUCUGUUACUGUUUACUUCUACCCGGAAAUCGGAUCGCGUGUUUCGUGAGUGGUGUAUAAUGGCGGAAUAUCAACAACAGAGCGGUCGUGCAGGCAAAAACCGUGCUCGUGGUAACGUCGGUGGCGGCAGUGCUUUUCCACCACUCAAUGGCGGCAAUUCUCACCAAGGAAAUGAUAAGCACUCGAACGGCGCUGGAUGGAGGCAGAAAAAUGAAAACGGUGGAGGCAAUAAUUAUUGGAAAGAAUCAAAUGGCGGAAAGAAUGGAAACUUGAAGCAAUCUAACAACGGAGGAGGACAUGAUUGGAAACAAACGGAAGGAGCACGAGGUAACGCUAACACGAACUGGAAACAAUCGAACGGUAACCAGCGGCUAAAGCCGAAUGAUCGCAAUGACCAGGCACAAAAUGGGAAGCAACACGCCGGUGCUAGUUCAGGAUCCAAUCCCAUUGAGCAGCCGGCCCAAGAUACGGAGCCUCGGCAAGUGACGCCUGGAGCUGGCAGAGGAGGGAUGCGUGGCAAUCGAGCGGUUUCGGAUAUCGUUCGUACUCGCCCUAUCGGAGAAACGGCAUCCAAGCAAGGAAUUUGUGGAAGACGAAUUAUGUUACAGACAAAUUACUUCCGCGUGGUCAGGAAGGAUGAUGAAAGCAUCUUCCAGUAUCGAGUCGAUUUCAAUCCUCCAGUUGAAAGUAGCAAGCUGAUGAGUUCGCUGGUAUAUACUUUAAAACCAACUAUCGGUGGAUACAUUUUUGAUGGAACCCAACUCUUCACUCGGCACAAGUUGCGAAACGAUGAGGUGGAAAUUACCACAAGAGACACCAAUUCGGAUCAGCAGUACAUCAUUAAGUUGCGACGUGUCGGUGCGAUUGACGGAACUAACGAAAUGGCAUUGGUGAUCUUUAACUUGAUCAACCGUAAGGCAAUGAGCGGACUGAAGUUGCAACUGAUCGGACGAAACUUCUUCGAUCCGGCCGCGAAGGUUUCCGUCAGUCAAUACGGCAUUGAACUGUAUCCCGGUUAUGUGACUAGCAUCAGGCAGCACGAGAACGACGUUUUAAUGUGCGCCGAAUUGACGCAUCGAGUUAUGCGAACGGAUACAUGCUACAUGCUUCUGAGGCAAUGCAUGAAUCAAGGCGGUAAUUGGCAGGAUAUCUUCAAGCGAAUGGUGCUAGGAUCGGUUGUUAUGACGAACUAUGGCAGCAAUCGUACUUACACGGUCAACGACGUAGAAUACAACACUACUGCAGAAAGCAGCUUCGAGACUUCCAAUGGACGAGUCACGUUUGUACAAUACUUCAGAGAUCGAUACAACAUCAUCAUCCGAGACCCGAGACAACCGAUGUUGGUUUCUCGAUCGAAGUCAAGAGACAUACGAGCCGGAUUGCCUGAGCUGAUCUACUUGGUGCCGGAGUUAGUCCGGGCAACCGGUAUCACCGACGAUAUGAGACGAAAUUUCAAUUUAAUGCGAACCCUGGCCGAUCAUACCCGUCUGACUCCAGAUAAACGUAUCGAACGUCUGGAGGUAUUCAACCGACGGCUACAGAAUUCCAAGGAAAGCGCAGAGGUGUUCCAAUUCUGGAAAACUGAACUCGAUCGUCGGUUGGUCGAAGUACCAGGACGUGUUUUUCUACCGGAAACGAUAUUCUUCCAUCCGGAGCAGCCCAAUUAUUCGGUAGCAGCUGGAGAUAUGGCCGACUGGCAGAUGGCGUUCCGCAACAAUCCCAUGUAUUAUUCAAUUCCACUGACCAAAUGGUUCGCGAUUGUUCCAAGAGGAUCGGAAAGGCUCAUUACCGAUUUCAUGCAAUGCCUAAGGCAGGCAGCUCGAGGAAUGCACUUCCAAAUCGAAGAUCCCCAGCUCAUUGUCAUUCCCAACGACUCACCGACGGUUUACAUCGACAGUCUGAAUUCGAUUGUUCAAAAAGAUCCCCAGCUGAUCAUGUGCUUGGUAACGAAUGACAAGGCCGAUCGGUAUGCUGCAAUCAAGAAGAAGUGCUGUGUCGAUCGAGCUGUGGCAACACAAGUCCUUAAGACGCGCACGAUUACGCCAAAGGGUGGAAAUAUUCGUACGUUGAUGUCUGUGGCUACGAAGGUUGCGAUUCAGGUCAAUUGUAAAUUGGGAGGCAUUCCUUGGGUUCUGAAGAACCCCCUGACUUCUAUUAUGGUAAUUGGUUUCGACGUUUGCCACGAUACCAGGGAUAAGUCGAAAUCAUACGGAGCUCUAGUGGCGUCUAUGUACGGAGCAGGCUGCAGACAUCCAAAGUAUUUUUCGACCGUAAAUCAUCAUUCGAAUGGAGAGGAGCUGUCGAACUUCAUGGCACUGAACAUCAUUAAAGCCGUUCAUGCUUACAGAGCUGACUUUGGCAAUUCGCUACCGGAUCGAAUUAUUGUCUAUCGCGACGGAGUAGGAGAAGGACAGCUGAAGUACGUCUACGAUCACGAAGUGAACGCGAUCAAGGAAAAGUUGCAACUAGCUUGCAAGGAGCAACGAGCACCUUCCAGAUUGACAUUCUUUGUGGUGAACAAAAGAAUCAACACUAGACUGUUCCUGCAGAAGAGAAAUCCACUUCCGGGAACGAUCGUGGAUGAUGUCAUCACACUACCGGAAAGAAAUGACUUCUACCUGGUAUCUCAAAGCGUUCGGCAGGGUACGGUCUCCCCGACUUCGUACAACAUUCUUAAGGACGAAUCCGGAUUGAAUGCCGAUAAGCUGCAGCAGUAUACCUUCAAGCAGACCCACAUGUACUACAACUGGUCCGGCACGGUUGGUGUUCCGGCAGUGUGUCAGUACGCCCACAAGCUGGCUUCCCUGGCUGGGCAGUAUUUGCAUCAAGCUCCGAAUAGUGCGUUGGAAAAGAAGCUAUAUUAUUUGUAAAACUUUGCUUCAGAUAUCAUUAAAUGUUAGUUAUUCCUUAAAUUUAAUCAUGUUUACAAAAUAUAGAUGCAU